CGCCCAUGCUGGUUCCCGGGCCGGGCGGGGGCGGGGCCGAGGCGGGCAAUCCCGGCGCCUUCCCGCCGCCGCGCGCACACUGGCCUGCCCAGCUCCGCCACCGGACGGCGGAGGCGCCCGCUGAUCCCGCCGCACGACGUGCCCGCAGCCAUGCUCCGUCUGUCUGCAGUGCUCCGCCAGGCCCGGCCCGUGUCCAGGGCACUCGCCCCCCACCUCACCCGAGCCUAUGCCAAAGAUGUGAAGUUUGGAGCAGAUGCCCGAGCCCUCAUGCUGCAAGGAGUCGAUCUUCUCGCAGAUGCUGUAGCUGUCACCAUGGGGCCAAAGGGAAGAACAGUUAUUAUUGAACAAAGCUGGGGAAGUCCCAAAGUGACAAAAGACGGUGUGACUGUAGCAAAGGCAAUUGACUUAAAAGACAAAUACAAAAAUAUUGGAGCCAGGUUGGUACAAGAUGUUGCCAACAACACAAACGAAGAAGCAGGAGAUGGUACCACUACUGCAACGGUACUUGCACGUGCUAUUGCCAAGGAAGGCUUUGAGAAGAUCAGCAAAGGAGCUAAUCCAGUAGAAAUCAGGAGGGGGGUGAUGCUUGCAGUUGAUGCUAUCAUAGCGGAACUGAAGAAGCUUUCUAAACCUGUUACAACUCCAGAAGAAAUUGCACAGGUUGCCACAAUAUCAGCAAAUGGAGAUAAGGAAAUUGGCAAUAUAAUCUCUGAUGCAAUGAAAAAAGUUGGACGAAAGGGUGUAAUCACUGUGAAGGAUGGAAAAACUCUGAAUGAUGAAUUGGAAAUCAUUGAGGGUAUGAAAUUUGACAGAGGCUACAUCUCUCCAUAUUUUAUUAAUACAACCAAAGGGCAGAAAUGUGAAUUCCAGGACGCUUAUGUUUUAAUCAGUGAAAAGAAAAUUUCUAGUGUACAGUCCAUAGUCCCGGCUCUUGAAAUUGCCAAUUCUCACCGCAAACCUCUGGUCAUCAUUGCUGAAGAUGUUGAUGGAGAAGCGCUCAGCACUUUAGUCUUGAACAGGCUGAAGGUUGGUCUUCAGGUUGUUGCUGUAAAAGCACCAGGUUUUGGUGACAACAGGAAAAACCAGCUUAAGGAUAUGGCAAUUGCUACUGGCGGUGCUGUGUUUGGAGAAGAGGGUUUGAACCUGAAUGUGGAAGAUAUUCAGCCUCAUGACUUUGGUAAAGUUGGAGAGGUCAUUGUGACAAAAGAUGACACCAUGCUGCUAAAGGGGAAGGGGGAAAAGGCUCAAAUUGAAAAACGUAUUCAAGAAAUCAUUGAACAGCUAGAAGUUACCACAAGCGACUAUGAAAAAGAGAAACUGAAUGAGCGAUUGGCCAAACUCUCUGAUGGAGUAGCGGUAUUGAAGGUCGGUGGCACAAGUGAUGUUGAAGUGAAUGAGAAGAAAGACAGAGUUACUGAUGCCCUGAAUGCGACCCGUGCUGCUGUAGAAGAAGGCAUUGUUCCAGGCGGUGGCUGUGCAUUGCUUCGCUGCAUUCCAGCGUUAGAUGCUUUAACUCCAGCCAAUGAAGAUCAGAAAAUUGGCAUUGAAAUAAUAAAGAGAACAUUGAAAAUCCCAGCAAUGACUAUUGCAAAAAAUGCAGGUGUUGAAGGAUCAUUGAUAGUUGAAAAAAUCCUGCAGAGUCCCUCAGAAGUUGGCUAUGAUGCAAUGCUUGGGGACUUUGUAAAUAUGGUAGAAAAAGGAAUCAUAGACCCAACGAAGGUCGUGAGAACUGCUCUGAUGGACGCUGCAGGUGUUGCCUCUCUCUUAUCAACAGCAGAAGCAGUGGUGACUGAAACUCCUAAAGAAGAAAAGGAGCCAGCAAUGGGAGGAAUGGGUGGGAUGGGUGGAGGAAUGGGAGGGGGCAUGUUCUAAUUCCUGGGGUAGGUGUGAAUCGAGCUGUGCUGUUCCAUGCUGACAGUUCUGACUACAAACUGCUGAUGUCAGUGUGAGAGGGCAGAUAGUGACUGAAGUGAGGCUGGUGUUUAAAAGAAUCACUGUAACCAUCAGUUACUGGAUUUCAUUUAACACAUAUGUAAUUGUUUACAGUCAUUGUCCAUGCCUACAGAUAAUUUAUUUUGUAUUUUUUGAAUAAAGACAUUUGUACAUUCCUGAUAACUGGGUGCAAGAUCCAUCUACCAAGGUCCCCAUUUAAACCUAAUUUAAGGCACGUGACAUUCUGUUUCAGAAUUUAUUGGUGCUUGCCAGUACUAGGAAGAACUUUGACACCGCUGUGGGUGAGACCAGACAAUUGUGUACAAAGUAGGCAAAUCCAUAGUUAUGUGACCUUUAUGUAAUAAACUGCUCGAGUUAUGAAAUGUAUCACCUUGUUCAUCUGCACACAAAGCCAUAGUCACAGGAGAACCCUGACAGCCUGCUGCUGCUUCUGAGACUUACUAGAAAGCUGACACAUGCUUGGAAACCACAGGUCGUUUCCUGCCAGGAAACAUUCCUUUGUCUAGAGUGUUUCUCAGAUAUACAAGUGUCUUUAAUUUUGGUACAGAAUACCUAAGCUGAACUGCCACUACAGUUCUCUGAAAUAUUAAACAAUGCUAUGAAAAUAAGGCACGUGCCCUGGCUUUCUUUUGCCCUGUCUCUGCUGCUCGUGUUGUGCUGGAACAGGCCCAGUGCAGCUCUGGCAGCCCUUGCUGCAGGAGGGGAGGUGUCCUGAGCGGCUGAAAAAAGGUAAGUGGGCUUUGCCUAAGCUGUGGGUUAUUUCAAUAUUGCUCUUGCUCAGGUGUAGUCAGUCAGGUGUAGUCAGUCUCCUUGCCUUCAGGCAGCCAGCCUUGUCUUCCAGCUUCUUGGUAAUUCUUUUGUGCUAGAUGCUGCUUUACCCUUAAAAAGGAAACUUUGGUAUUUGCUGUGUUCUUUGACCUGAUGCACCUAAUAACAUGGAUGGGUAAAGCCUCUUCUGCGUGCUUUUCAGUUUUUGCUUUAUAAACCCCUGCGUGUUUAUCUCAAGAUUGUCUUAAGCAAAACCACUUCCCAGGGCAGUAAAACUGACCUCUUAAUCCUGCUUUCACUUCCCCAUGCUUUCUGGAAAGUAUCUAAGUGAUCUGAAACAGCUUCAGGGCUGUGUCUCUGUCCUGAAACAUAUCCUCCUCUGCUAUUGAAUGCACAGUUCUGCAGCAACCAAGUGGAUUUUGGACACUGAAGAGAGGACCCGCUUCUACACCAGACCUGAAACUUCACCUCAUUUCAGUAAGGAAAUCUGAUAAUUCAAGGGAGCACAUGAUGGGAUUUAAAAUCUGUCCAACCCUAUUCGCUUAUGUUUCUUCAGAGACUGGAAAGCGAAUCUUAAUGGAAGGACUAUAUAUAAUAAUAAAUAGGGAUUUAAACAAGACAGUACCAUCAUAACUGGCUGAUAAUUAAGUAGUAUGGUACUGAAAUAAAAGGAAGAGCUAAGGUUUAGCUCUAUGGUUUGUAUAUCGGGGACCACAAGCCUUGGGUGUGCAUGUGUGCUGUAAGCGGAGGGCAGUGCUUGAUACAGAAUGUGGUUAACCCAUGCCCUUGCUCUUGAAGGGGGUAACGCACACUGACUUGGAUUAAAGUCAUGUUGGGACUUGGAACUCUAUCAGAUG